UUUUCAAAUUCAUCUGUUUUUUUUUUAAAUUUUAUGAAAUGAUUAAAUUAUCAUUGAAAAAUGUUUCCAUUUCCAUAUUGAUAUUGUUCACCAUAUUUACCAUUAUCAUAUUUUCAAAUCUAUUCAUUUUGAAUCGAGAAUCACAAUGUCUACAAUCUUAUGUUGAACAUCAAACAUUAAUAAAUUCGAUUCGUAAAUCAACUCGAACAAUCACGAAUGUGAAUCAUGAUGUAAAUCAUUUAGCAAUAUUGAUACCAUUUCGUGAACGUUUCAAUCAAUUAUUACAAUUUAUACCGCAUAUAAAUUCAUUUUUAAAUAGACAAAAUAUUAGCCAUGAAUUUUUUGUCAUAAAUCAAAUUGAUAAUUAUCGUUUUAAUCGUGGUGCCUUAAUCAACAUUGGUUUUCAAUUAGCCCAAAAUUCCUGUACAUAUAUUGUUAUGCAUGAUGUUGAUCUAUUACCAUUGAAUGAUCAAUUAUCAUAUGGAUUUCCAGCUCGUGGACCAUUUCAUGUAUCAUCACCAGAUCUUCAUCCAAAAUAUCAUUAUGAAACAUAUGUUGGCGGAAUAUUGCUUAUGACAAAUGAACAUUUUAAAUUAGUUAAUGGAUUUUCAACCAAUUAUUUUGGAUGGGGAUUAGAAGAUGAUGAAUUCUAUGCUCGACUUAAAGAAGCAAAUCUUCAGAUUUAUCGACCAGAAAAUAUAAAAACAAAUCAAUCAAACACAUUUAUCCAUAUUCAUGAUCAAAAUAUCUAUAAACGUGAUACAGCCAAAUUAUUCAAUCAAAAAGAGAUAACCAGAAGAAGAGAUCGUCAAACUGGAUUGAAUACGACAAAAUUUAAUCUAUUAACCAUAUAUAAUAUGACUAUUGAAAAUAUUGAAUUUCGUAUAUUUAAUGUUGCCAUCUAUUGCAAUGUUGAUCGUACACCGUGGUGUUUAAAACCAUCAUCAUCAUCAUCGAUCAAGUUUAAAAAACAGCAACAACCAAAAAACAGACGCUAAAUUAAACUAAACUAAACCAAAACGAGAUUGGUCACAAUCACAAGAGAAAAAAUAGUCCGGAACAGGUAAUAUUCGAAUGAUGGUUGAAUGAAAAUUAUGCAAAAAAAAUUAUUACCAUUUCAUCAAAACAAUGACAUAACAAUCGUAAAGAAAAAGAGAGAGAGCGUGCAUUAUUCAAAUUUUGAUUUCCGAAAAAAUUUUUGCAUUUUUUUUUGUCAUCGUUAUUGUGUUAUUGGCUCUCUGUUGAGAUUGCACUCAACCGCAAUUUGGCUUCUUCCAUUGACUCAUCAUCAUCAUCAUUGCACAGUAGCUGUAUUUUUUUUUUUUUAUUUUUCAAUAUUUCUCGACAGAGUGUG